CAGACUAGAAUCAGAAAAUAGAUCGAAAAAAUGAGUUAAAUAUCUAACUAACCGUGUUAAUGUAAAUAUCAGAAAGCCUUCAUACCUAAAUUGCAUCCCUAAGUGAAUAUUUUUUUUCAAUAAAGAGCACUUCUGUUGCACGUAUACAGAUACUGGUACAAUCAAUUUAUUCAUCAGUUAUUCAGUAAAAGUAUAUUUUCCAUUCAUUCAUCUGUUUGUUCUUUUAAAAGGUGAAUGUCUAUGAUGUUCACACAAAAUGUAUCAUUGUGAAUGCAGUCGCAAACUUGUGCCUACCGGUAUGUGUCUGUCACAAAAUGCCUAUUCUUUGGUUUGGGGGGGGGAUGAUAAUAAUUAUAGCCAUGUUCCAGUGCUCACAAAGCCAGAGACGCAUCUUGUCACCAUGGUAGACAGGCAGCCGCUUGGGCCCCCCAAGCCCCAAUAUAGUAAAUAGCAGCUCCCACUUUACAACGGUAGUGGCAAUUUUGUUUCAAUUGUUCAUUCCUUUGAAUUUUCGCUUGGGGCCCCACAUUACCCUAGAAUCGCCUCUGCACAAAGCCCAUGCCCAAAUCCAGCUGGGCUGUUAGUGUUGACAAGUCACAAGUGUCCCUAUAUAAAGGCAGCUCAAGGCUCCCCCAAGGACUGACUGGCACCCACAAAGGUGAGACACACUUGGGAAUACACUGGUUGGGCUUGUUACAUACCAUAAGUGUGCCUGGCAAGGAUGAAUAAUGAUUAAUUGAUUGUUUUUUUCACUUACACUUGUCAUCAGCACCUGUACCAGAAUCUGCUUUUUAUUCCCCUUGGCUUUCAAACAGUAAACCGCCACCAUGGGGGAUGCUGAGAUGGAGUGUUUUGGGCCAGCAGCCCUCUACCUCCGGAAACGGGAAAGGGAGCGCAUUGAGGCCCAGACCAAACCAUUUGAUGCUAAAACUGCUUUCUUCGUGGUGGACAAAGAGCAGGACUAUGUGAAAGGUUGUCUGGAGAAAAGAGAGGGUGGCAAAGCCACUGUCAAAACUCUAGAGGGUGGGAAGACAGUAACUGUUAAGGAAGAUGAAAUCUUCCCAAUGAAUCCUCCGAAAUUUGACAAAAUUGAGGACAUGGCCAUGAUGACCCACCUCCACGAGCCGGCUGUGCUGUACAACCUCAAAGAGCGUUAUGCAGCAUGGAUGAUCUACACGUAUUCGGGGCUGUUCUGUGUCACUGUGAACCCCUACAAGUGGCUCCCAGUGUACGAUCAAGUUGUUGUUAAUGGAUAUAGAGGCAAAAAGAGAGUGGAGGCUCCACCCCACAUCUUCUCCAUCUCUGAUAACGCCUAUCAGUUCAUGCUCCAAGAUCGUGAAAAUCAGUCCAUCCUGAUCACUGGAGAAUCUGGUGCAGGAAAGACUGUGAACACAAAGCGUGUCAUCCAGUACUUUGCAACAAUUGCAGUGGCUGGUGGAGGAAAAAAGGCAGAAGCAACCUCUGGCAAAAUAAAGGGAUCUCUGGAGGAUCAGAUCAUUGCAGCCAACCCUCUACUGGAGGCCUAUGGAAAUGCCAAGACUGUCAGGAAUGACAACUCUUCCCGUUUUGGCAAAUUCAUCAGAAUUCAUUUUGGAACAUCUGGCAAAUUGGCCUCAGCUGACAUUGAGACAUAUCUGCUGGAAAAGUCCAGAGUGACAUUCCAGCUGUCUGCUGAGAGGAGCUACCAUAUCUUCUACCAACUCUGCACUGGACAUAAGCCAGAACUAAUUGAGGGCCUUCUCAUUACCACCAACCCCUAUGACUUCCCUAUGAUCAGCCAAGGGGAAAUCACUGUCAAGAGCAUCAAUGACGUUGAGGAACUCAUUGCCACUGAUACAGCUAUUGACAUCCUGGGCUUCAACGCUGAUGAGAAAAUUGGCAUUUACAAGCUCACUGGUGCUGUGAUGCAUCAUGGCAAAAUGAAGUUCAGGCAGAAGCAGAGAGAGGAGCAGGCUGAGCCUGAUGGCACCGAGGAGGCUGACAAAAUUGCCUACCUCAUGGGCCUGAACUCUGCUGAUAUGCUGAAGGCUCUAUGCUACCCAAGAGUGAAGGUCGGAAACGAGUUUGUGACCAAAGGCCAAACCGUACCACAGGUCAAUAAUGCUGUCUCAGCUCUGUGCAAGUCAGUCUAUGAGAAAAUGUUCUUAUGGAUGGUCAUCCGCAUCAAUGAGAUGUUGGACACUAAGCAGCCGAGACAGUUCUUCAUUGGUGUGCUGGACAUUGCUGGAUUUGAGAUUUUUGAUUACAACAGCCUGGAACAAUUGUGCAUCAACUUCACCAAUGAGAAACUGCAACAGUUCUUCAAUCAUCACAUGUUUGUGCUUGAGCAAGAGGAAUACAAGAAAGAGGGCAUUGAGUGGGAAUUCAUUGACUUUGGUAUGGAUCUAGCUGCUUGCAUUGAGCUCAUUGAAAAGCCAAUGGGCAUCUUCUCCAUCCUUGAAGAGGAGUGCAUGUUCCCCAAGGCCUCAGACACUACCUUCAAGAACAAGCUGUAUGAUCAGCAUCUUGGUAAAACCAAGUGCUUUGAGAAACCCAAGCCAGUAAAGGGUAAACCAGAGGCCCACUUCUCCCUGGUGCACUAUGCUGGCACUGUGGACUACAACAUAGUUGGCUGGCUGGACAAGAACAAGGACCCACUGAAUGACUCUGUGGUGCAGUUGUACCAGAAGUCAGCAAUGAAACUGCUGGCCUUCUUGUACGCCUCUCAUGCAAGUGCAGAAGCUGAGGGUGCUGGCGGCGGCAAGAAGGGUGGUGGCAAGAAGAAAGGUGGCUCGUUCCAGACAGUCUCUGCUCUUUUCAGGGAGAACUUGGGUAAACUGAUGACCAAUCUGAGAAGCACCCAUCCUCACUUUGUGCGCUGCUUGAUUCCUAAUGAGUCAAAGACUCCUGGUCUGAUGGAGAACUUCCUAGUUCUUCACCAGCUCAGAUGUAAUGGUGUGCUGGAGGGUAUCAGAAUCUGCAGAAAGGGCUUUCCCAGCAGAAUCCAAUACGGGGACUUCAAGCAGAGAUACAAAGUAUUGAAUGCCAGUGUCAUCCCAGAAGGGCAAUUCAUUGACAAUAAAAAAGCUGCAGAAAAACUUCUAGGAUCAAUUGAUGUUGACCACACUCAGUACAAGUUUGGGCACACUAAGGUGUUCUUCAAAGCUGGGCUGCUGGGUACCCUUGAAGAGAUGCGAGAUGAGAAGUUGGCAGCUUUGGUCACAAUGACGCAGGCUCUUUGCCGUGCUUACCUGAUGAGAAAGGAAUUUGUCAAGAUGAUGGAGAGGAGGGAAUCUAUCUUUACUAUUCAGUACAACAUCCGCUCAUUCAUGAAUGUCAAAACAUGGCCAUGGAUGAAGAUCUAUUUCAAGAUCAAACCUCUUCUUAAGAGUGCUGAGACUGAGAAGGAACUUGCAAACAUGAAGGAGAACUUUGGUAAAAUGAAGACUGACAUGGAGUCUGCCCAGGCAAAGAGGAAAGAGCUUGAGGAGAAAAUGGUUGCCCUGCUGCAGGAAAAGAAUAAUCUGCAGCUAGCCAUGGCAUCUGAAGCUGAGAGUCUUUCAGAUGCUGAGGAGAGAUGUGAGGGCCUCAUUAAAAGCAAAAUCCAGAUGGAAGCCAAACUCAAAGAGACGACCGAGAGGCUGGAGGAUGAGGAGGAGAUCAAUGCUGAGCUGACAGCCAAGAAAAGAAAACUGGAAGAUGAGUGUUCUGAGCUGAAGAAGGACAUUGAUGACUUGGAACUCACAUUGGCCAAAGUGGAGAAAGAAAAACAUGCAACAGAGAAUAAGGUUAAAAACCUGACUGAGGAGAUGGCCUCUCAGGAUGAGAGUAUUGGGAAGUUGACCAAAGAGAAGAAAGCCCUCCAAGAGGCACACCAGCAGACUCUGGAUGAUCUUCAAUCAGAGGAAGACAAAGUCAACACUCUGACCAAAUCAAAGACCAAACUUGAACAGCAAGUGGAUGAUCUGGAGGGCUCGUUGGAGCAAGAGAAGAAACUCCGCAUGGAUCUUGAAAGAGCCAAGAGGAAGCUUGAGGGUGACCUGAAACUGGCCCAGGAAUCAAUAAUGGAUCUGGAGAAUGACAAGCAGCAAUCUGAAGAGAAAAUUAAGAAGAAAGAUUUUGAAAUCAGUCAGCAUCUCAGCAAAAUUGAAGAUGAACAGUCAAUUGGCGUACAACUUCAAAAAAAGAUCAAAGAACUUCAGGCCCGCAUUGAGGAACUGGAAGAGGAAAUUGAAGCUGAGCGUGCUGCUCGUGCUAAGACUGAGAAGCAAAGAGCUGAUCUCUCCAGGGAACUUGAAGAGAUCAGUGAGAGGCUUGAAGAGGCCGGUGGGGCCACUGCCGCUCAAAUUGAGAUGAACAAGAAGCGUGAGGCUGAGUUCCAGAAGCUGCGACGUGAUCUUGAAGAGUCCACCCUGCAGCAUGAAGCUACUGCCGCUGCUCUCCGCAAGAAGCAGGCUGACAGUGUGGCUGAACUGGGAGAGCAAAUUGACAACCUCCAGCGUGUCAAGCAGAAGCUGGAAAAGGAGAAGAGCGAGUUCAAGAUGGAGAUUGAUGACCUCUCCAGUAAUAUGGAGGCUGUGGCUAAAUCAAAGGCUAACCUUGAGAAAAUGUGUCGCACUCUUGAAGAUCAACUGAGUGAACUGAAGUCAAAGAAUGAUGAACAUUUUCGUCAGCUGAAUGACUUGAGUGCACAAAGAGCCCGGCUUCAAACUGAGAAUGGUGAAUUUGGCCGCCAAGUUGAGGAAAAGGAAGCACUAGUCUCUCAGCUGACCAGAGGCAAACAAGCCUACACCCAGCAGAUUGAGGAGCUGAAAAGACAAGUAGAGGAGGAGGUUAAGGCCAAGAACGCCCUGGCUCAUGCUGUCCAAUCAGCUCGUCAUGACUGUGACCUGCUGAGAGAGCAGUUUGAGGAGGAGCAGGAGGCCAAAGCUGAGCUGCAGCGUGGAAUGUCCAAGGCCAACAGUGAGGUGGCACAGUGGAGGGCCAAAUAUGAGACUGAUGCUAUCCAACGCACCGAGGAGCUGGAGGAGUCAAAGAAAAAGCUUGCACAGCGUCUCCAGGAUGCUGAGGAGUCAAUUGAGGCUGUCAAUUCCAAGUGUGCCUCCCUGGAAAAAACUAAACAGAGACUCCAGGGUGAAGUGGAGGACCUCAUGAUUGAUGUGGAGAGAGCAAAUGCACUGGCUGCCAACCUUGAUAAGAAGCAAAGGAACUUUGACAAGGUACUGGCAGAAUGGAAACAGAAGUAUGAGGAGAGCCAGGCUGAGCUAGAAGGUGCUCAGAGAGAGUCUCGUUCUCUCAGCACUGAGCUCUUCAAAAUGAAGAACUCCUAUGAGGAGUCUCUGGAUCAACUCGAAACGUUGAAGAGGGAGAAUAAGAACCUGCAACAGGAGAUCUCUGACCUAACUGAGCAGAUUGGUGAGAGUGGUAAGAGCAUCCAUGAGCUGGAGAAGGCUAAAAAGUCUGUGGAGAGUGAGAAAGUCGAGAUCCAAACCGCUCUUGAAGAGGCAGAGGGCACACUUGAGCAUGAGGAGGCCAAGAUUCUUCGUGUCCAGUUGGAGCUCAACCAGGUCAAGAGUGAAAUUGACAGGAAGCUGGCAGAGAAGGAUGAAGAAACAGAGCAGAUCAAGAGGAAUAGCCAAAGGAUCAUUGAGUCCAUGCAAAGCACUCUGGAUUCUGAGGUCAGGAGCAGAAACGAUGCCAUGAGAAUCAAGAAGAAAAUGGAGGGAGACCUCAAUGAGAUGGAGGUUCAGCUCAGCCAUGCCAAUCGCCAGGCAGCUGAAGCCCAGAAGCAACUCAGGAAUAUUCAGGGACAGCUCAAGGAUGCUCAACUGCACCUUGAUGACGCUAUCAGGGGACAGGAUGACAUGAAGGAGCAGGUUGCAAUGGUGGAGCGCAGGAAUGGUCUUAUGAUGGCCGAGAUUGAAGAACUGAGAGCUGCUCUGGAGCAGACAGACAGAGGCCGCAAAGUGGCCGAGCAGGAACUCGUGGAUGCUAGUGAGCGAGUUGGAUUGCUGCACUCUCAGAAUACAAGUCUCCUAAACACCAAGAAGAAGUUGGAAGCUGACCUUGUUCAGAUCCAGGGAGAAGUGGAAGACACCAUUCAAGAAGCCAGAAACGCAGAGGACAAGGCUAAAAAGGCCAUCACUGAUGCCUCUAUGAUGGCGGAGGAGCUGAAGAAAGAGCAGGACACCAGUGCUCACCUGGAGAGAAUGAAGAAGAACCUAGAGGUCACUGUGAAGGACCUGCAGCACCGCUUGGAUGAGGCUGAGAAUCUGGCCAUGAAGGGUGGAAAGAAACAACUCCAGAAACUGGAGUCCAGGGUGCGUGAGCUGGAGGGUGAAUUUGAGGCUGAACAAAGACGUGGAGCUGAUGCUGUAAAAGGUGUCCGCAAAUAUGAGAGGAGAGUCAAGGAGCUCACCUACCAGACUGAAGAGGACAAGAAGAAUGUCAACAGACUGCAGGAUCUGGUGGACAAGCUUCAGCUGAAAGUCAAGGCCUACAAGAGGCAGGCAGAGGAGGCUGAGGAGCAGGCCAACACUCACCUGUCCAGGUACCGGAAGGUGCAGCAUGAGCUUGAGGAGGCUCAGGAGCGUGCUGACAUCGCUGAGUCCCAGGUCAACAAGCUGAGGGCCAAGAGCCGUGAUGCUGGCAAGACCAAAGAUGAAGAGUGACCAGUGAAGUCUGAAUGACAAAGGAAUCAUAUAAUAUGAAUUCCUCAAUAAACGUAGCCUUCAAGUUAUUCUCUGUAUGUUUCCUUUGCAUAUGCACUUCAUUCAAUGAUCCAAUAAAUACAUUUUUUUAAAUCGUCAAUAAGGGGCGCUGUGGCACAGAAUGGGAAGCCCACCACAUAGUGCCUUGCAUUCCCAUGGGAACCCAGCUUCAAGUCCAGCCUGGAUGAUGUCCCAACCCUGCCUCAUCAUUCUCUCCCACUAGUCCAUUUUCACUGCUAGAUAUGAUGC